AGGGGACGCCGGUGCUCCUCGCUCUCUCCGGGGGGCGGGCGGAGAAAAGGCGCCCCUUCCUCUUCCCUCAGGGGCGCUUCCUCGCGUGAGGCGAACCUGGCGGAGACGACCGGCAGCUCCCGGGAACAGCCCUUUCCUUUGAAUGGAGGGUCAGCGGCUGGUGGCCGCCGCCCCUUCAGCCCGAAGGCCCAGCGCCAGGGUACCCGCAGGGGUUCCGCUCACUGGCCGUAGUUGAAAGCAGAGCAAGGCGAGCGAGGCAGCCAGCCUCUCCUCUCCUCUGUCAUGGCGGCUUUGGUGUUCUGCAACUCCUGUUUCCAGAAACCGCGCGGAGCCUCGCCGAAGUUCUGCCUGACCAACUGUGGCCACGUUGUCUGUGAGCGGUGUCUCCGGAAAGGUAAAAAAGAUGAGUGCAUGAUUUGCAGAGCAACUUGCCGUACAAUAGUACUUUCAAAAGAGAUGAAUUCAAAUAUCCAGUCAUUGUUUAUGGGAAUAGAUGGAUUAUGCAGAAAAUAUGCAAAAGAAGUCACACAAAUUGCCCAGUUCCAGGAAAAACACAGAAGACGACUAUUGGCACACUACAGGGGAAAGAUUACAAAACUGGAAGGAUAUCUUAAGAAAGCAACACAACAUAUUCAGCAUCUACAGCAACUGCAACAGGUAUCAUCAAUGGAGGUGGAUCAUUUGCCUUCUUCAGUAAGGAAAACUGAAACAGUGACUGGACCUACUAGGAUAUCAUUGAUAAGCCCACCACAAAAUGGACAUAUGGGUAGUGUUACAUGCAGAAGUUCUCGAUUGUCUGGAAUUACUUCAUGUCAAAAGGAUACACCAGGUUCAAUAAGGUCAUCGCCAUUAAACAUGCCAAAUACUAGGACUUCUUAUAUGUCGCCGUUUGUAUCAUCACAAAAUCGUAGAAAUGGCAUUCCAGACACUUUUGGCCUAAGGACUACUCAGCCUUAUCACUCUACACCACCAUCUUCACUGUCAACCAUGACAAGACGCCCAAUCAGUCUUGCCAGUAUUUUACAAAGGCAACACUUAAGUAAACAAGUUGGUCAGUGACUGUAAUAAAACCAUCCAGAAUUAAACUGCUAUUUAGCUAAAGUGCAAUGGGGGGCAGUGUAUGGGGCAGUGACCCAAUAACACUGACAGACAGUUGCUUUUUUCCUGUUGAAAAUAAUGCAAGUCAUCCUGACUCUCUUAUGGAGAGCCCUAUCCAGCAUUUGUAUAGACCUGAAGCCACCACAACAUUCUACAGUCAGCUGCCCAGCCUGUGUAUGUCCAACAGGUUCUGAGCAGUGUAUGUACUCCACCUAUAUGCAUUGCAAACCUGGGUUUAUCAUGUGCAUACAUUUGUUUACAUAUGCAUGUAAAAAAUUAUGAUCUUGAGAUAAGGAUGCAACAUUGUGGUUUUUUUAAUGGCAACUUGCUCACUUAAUUAGAAAUAUUUAAUGUAUGUAAGACUUUGAGCAAAAUAAUACUUUAAAAACUAGUUUACAGAAUAAAACAUUUUAUUUAUCUGAUACGAAAACAGGCCUUUUUGGGGGAAAAGGGUGACUAAAUUAGUCUUGCCAGUUAGUAACCACAUCUAGGAAUUGACCUCAAAAAUGAAUAUUUUCUUGUUUGAAAAUAAAUGUGCAUCAUUAAUUGGUUGUGUGGUUGGUUGCUGCUGUAUUCAGUUGUUUGUUUAUUCUUAUUUUGGUCAUUAAAACAAUUUCCUUAGCAAAUAAUGUAUGAACAUAUAACUUUGGAAAUGAAAUUUAUUUUUAUGUUAAACCUUUCUUCUUAUAGGAACCACUAUGACACUCUUUUAAAAAAAACCAAAUAUACUGACAAAUUCAAUUCAAUAAAGCUCAUUUACUGUAUACUUUUAAAGCUGUAUAUAUAAAAGUGUGUCCAAUAUAUACCAUUGUAAAGUGCCUGUUAUGAUUAAAGACAGUUUAAUAGAAAUCUUGAAA